AUUCUUCCUGGUAGCAGAACAAGAACUUCGGACCUGCCAAAUGAGAAACUGAAGACAGAAUUGCUAAGUCACCUGCUCCCUUCAGAACUCUGCAGAAUCAGUCUGUUUCUUCUAGAUGCUAUCUCUUGGAGCCAGUGUUGAAAGGCUGGAAUUUUUCAUGGUUACUGCAUCAAAAAGCACAGAUUUAACAUCUCACAAAAUGACAGCAGAACAUGAGGAAUUCCGUGUAUUAUUUUGAUUUGUCUGAAUCACAUGAUUGCUCAGAAGCAGACAGCACCAGCAAGCCAGCACUCAACCCUAAGACCAGCCUUCAGUGAGCAGUCUGCUGAAAUUCUAAAACAGAAAUUGUAUUAAAAAUAAAUUCCCAUACUACUUCAGGGAAAACCAGCAUACACAUGAAACUACUGUUCUCUGAGAUCAACUUAUCUCAGACAGAAUGAUUGACCAGCUCCAAGGAACAUGGAAGUCCAUUUCUUGUGAAAAUUUCGAAGAAUACAUGAAGGAGCUGGGUAUAGGAAGAGCCAGCAGGAAACUGGGCCGUUUGGCAAAACCCACUGUGACCAUCAGUACAGAUGGAGAUGUCAUCACAAUAAAAACCAAAAGCAUCUUUAAAAAUAAUGAGAUCUCCUUUAAGCUGGGAGAAGAGUUUGAGGAAAUCACGCCAGGUGGCCACAAAACAAAGAGUAAAGUAACCUUAGAUAAGGAGUCCCUGAUUCAAGUUCAGGACUGGGAUGGCAAAGAAACCACCAUAACGAGAAAGCUGGUGGAUGGGAAAAUGGUGGUGGAAAGUACUGUGAACAGUGUUAUCUGUACACGAACAUACGAGAAAGUAUCAUCAAACUCAGUCUCAAACUCUUAAGGCUUUCUCAAGCUGUCCUCCAAACUACUGAGGUUGUUUAAAUAAAACUCCAAAGUAAAAUAUUA